AUGAAUAAAAAAUUGCUUCCAUGUCAAACCGGUUGGAAAGGUGCUUUAUGCAAUGAAUGUGAAGCUUAUCCUGGUUGCAUUCAUGGCACGUGCACCAAACCUUGGGAGUGCAUAUGCAAUGAAGGUUGGGGUGGUCUUUUUUGCAAUCAGGACUUAAAUUAUUGCACCAAUCAUCGUCCUUGCCAGAACGGUGGCACCUGUUUCAAUACUGGCCAAGGUCUAUAUACUUGCAAAUGUCCACCCGGUUACAAUGGCCCAGAUUGUCAAAAUGAAAUUAAUUCGUGCAACGAGGAGAAUCCUUGUCAAAAUGGUGGUUCUUGUGUAGACGAGCCGACAAAGCGUGGCUACAAGUGCGAUUGCAAGAAAGGCUGGAUGGGUCGUUUAUGCGAAGAUAAAGUGAUAACGUGCUUGGAUAAGCCCUGCUUGCAUGGUAGUUGUCGCGAUACAAGCAAAGGCUUUCAAUGCGAGUGUCCAAGCGGCUAUAGCGGUACCAUGUGCGAAAUUCAUGUAGACAAUUGUGAUCCAAAUCCCUGCCAAAAUGGCGGCACUUGCGUAAUGAAUUCAAAUGGCAAUCACCGAUGUCAAUGCCCCAGCGGUUUUACAGGAGCCAUGUGUGAAGAAAACCGAGAUGAUUGCCAAGGCAAUCCCUGCCAGAAUGGCGGAACUUGCAUUGACAUGAUAAAUCAAUUUCGUUGCCAAUGCGUGCCGGGUUAUUUGGGCAGUUUGUGUUCGGAUAAAGUCGAUCUAUGUGUAACUAAACCAUGUGCCAAUGGCGGAACCUGCACCAAUUUAAAUAAUGAUUAUCAAUGUUCAUGUAGGGCUGGCUUUACGGGUAAAGAUUGCUCAAUCGAUAUAGAUGAAUGUAACUCGAUGCCUUGUCACAAUGGUGGCACUUGCGUGAAUCGUGUGAACAGUUUUGAUUGCAUUUGCGCCAACGGUUUCCGAGGAUCACAAUGUGAUGAAGAAAAUUACUCUUCGGCUACCUUUGAUGCUCGUCAAUACGAAGCCACUACGCAGGCACGGAGUGAUGGUUUGACAAGUGGCCAAGUGGUAUUAAUAGCGAUUUUGUCGAUAGCCAUGCCUCUAGUGGCGGUGGUAGCAGCUUGUGUUGUAUUUUGUAUGAAACGCCGACGCAAGCGCGCUCAAGAAAAAGAUGACGCUGAAGCGCGUAAACAAAAUGAACAAAAUGCUGUGGCUACUUUACAUCAUAAUGGGGGAGGCUUAAGCAGCGUGACAGUUGGAGCAUUAGGUGUAAAACGUGGAUCAAGUUCCGGUUUGACUUUUGAUAACAGCAAUCCAAAUAUAAUCAAGAAUACCUGGGAUAAAUCGGUGAAUAAUAUAGCGAGCUCGACUUCGGCUGAUGACUGUCUGAUGAAUACGUCUUUGUAUGGUGGUGCUUUGGCUAACUAUGCCCCAGCCGAUAAUAAUGCUAAUUCCGAAUUCUGCGGUGUAGGACAAAUCGUAGCGCCUUUGCAAAGGGCAAAAUCACAAAAGCAACUUAAUACAGAUCCUACUUUGAUGCAUCGGGCCACAUCACAAUUAAUUGGUGCCGUAGGAGGAGGCGGUGGAGGUAGCAGCAGCCACAACACAGCCAGUACCAAUAAUCCACCCACCAAAGAUUACGGAGCCAGCUCUUCGGCCCACGUGGAGGGCAAACGCAUCUCCGUGCUGGGCGAAAGUGCUUAUUGCUCGCAGCGAUGGCCGUCGCUGGCAUCUCCGGGCGUAUCAAAUGGCUGUGGUAGUGCAGCUGCUCAAAUGGCUGCUACCAGUAGUAGUGGGCUGUCAUCAUCAGCCCAACGCUCAGUAGUGUGUGGCGCUCCUCAUAUUUAAGCCACCAGCCCUAACUCGCAAAGUCCAUAUCAAGAGUAACUUAUUUAGGUGUAAAGUUUUUUUAAAUAUUUUAUUUUAAACUAAGUAUAGAAGAAAAAACGGAAGAUACAUAUGACAUUAAGUAGAAUUGAAACCAAGCGCUGUUGAACUUUAUUAUUAAAUCAAGAAACUACACAUGAUAUUCUCGUACACAAUUUCAAGCUCUUUCCUUUUCUCUUCAUUUUCUUCAUACUACAUACUCUGUUUCUAUCGUCUGCUUGUGGAGACUCUGCUCUUUGCUCCUCGUCUUUUGUACAUCGUCAUAUACCAAACAAUUUGCGCGAGAGCACGAAGAUGAAGAUUUUGUAGAUUAGAAUUAUUUUUUUUUUAUUUUUUCUUAUUUUUUAUUAAAUUUUUCAUAUUAAACUGCAUCAAAACAAAGGACUGACUUUGAUUAAGUAUAUAAAAAAACAAGUUUAUAUAAAAUCAUAAAAUAAAUUUAGAAAAUUUAAAAUCCAUUGUAUAC